UUUAAUUUUAUUUGGUCGCCUGCUAACGGCGACAUCGGUUGCGUCUCGCCGAAAAAAAAGUAUAAUUGUCACGCUCCCGGAAUUUAGGAAUAAAUAAAAACAUUGAAUCAAUCAAAUAGAAGAACAAUCAGUGACAAGCUUUAGUCCGUGUUUAAACCGUUUUAGUUAACAUUUAGUGUGACCAAAAAGGACAUAUGUGGCACGGUCUUAUUUGGUGUGACCAGCUAUUAAGGACCCUGUGAGCUGAGCGCCAUAAUUAAAGUGCGAUCCGAUCGAAGUCAAUUCAUUCAGUUUUAUUGAACACUCAGCGCCCCGAGCGUUCCAUAAUCUCAACGAUUGGACAAUUGCAACUGUAACGCAAAGAACAAAAAUUGUCAACAAAGUCGUAAAAAUAUUCGCACACUUUGGCAAUAAAUAAAGUAAGACACAAGGAAACAAAGCAGAAGAGUGCGGGCAGUCACAAAAUAAUUACCAAAUAGGAGACGCACUUAAUACACAAUCGGAAAGUUGGCGCAACAUGAGCGGCUGGCUUUAAGUGGAAUAUCCAGCAGCAGGAGCAGCAGAACCAGCAGCAGGUGCCACCAGGGGGGAGAGGAGAGCUACAGUCGGGUCAAGGUCCAUUCGGCAACCGGAGCAAUAAGCCUAGAGCGAUACGAAAAACAUGGUUCACGGACCGCCAACUCGCAGAAAAUCCCAGCAACAGAAUGAGACCUGUGAUAUGGAUCUCGAGCGACAGCCCACUCCGCCGGACGGUGGAUGGGGAUGGGUGGUGGUCUUCGGCUCCUUCAUGAUACAUAUAGUCACCGAUGGCAUGACAUACUCCUUUGGCAUGUUUUACAAUGAGUUCCUGGAAUACUUCAACGAGGGCAAAGGUUACACGGCAUGGAUUGCUUCUAUAAUGGUGGGCGUAACAUUCUCAUCCGGACCGAUCAGUUCAUCGUUCGUGAAUAGAUAUGGAUGUCGAGCAGUUACCAUUGCAGGUGCCAUUUUGGCUGCCGGUUGCAUCAUCGUCAGCAUAUUCGCCCAGAAUGUCCUAACGCUGAUUAUUACGAUCGGAUUUGGAACGGGCUUGGGUUUCGGGCUUAUCUAUUUGCCGGCCAUUGUGAGUGUUACUCAGUACUUUGAGGCCCGAAGAUCUCUGGCCACAGGAAUCGCUGUUUGCGGGUCCGGAUUGGGCACCUUUAUCUUUGCUCCUCUAACAGAGUAUCUGAUUGGAAGUUUCGGAUGGCGUGGAGCAAUGUUGAUUAUGGGUGGAAUCGUGCUAAACUGUAUCAUCUUUGGGGCAAUGUUUCGGCCACUGGAGCUGGAGGCACCUCCAAACACACCACCAAACACGCCGAGCACUCCCAAGUUGGGCAAGAAGUCGGCUAUCAUCGAUCAGAAUACCACGCCGGCGGAACUGGAGCCCCUGAAGGUUCCACCCAAGGAUCAGUACCUGCAGCUUCCACAGCGCACAGAUACUCCGGUAUCAGGCGGCGCUCUCUGCCGAUCCAACAGUGUCGGUCACAACCUUAAGCCCAGUUUGAACAAUAACUCGAAUGGCGCCAUCAAUGGGCAGGGACCCACUUUGGUGACCCCACCGCAGGCGGUGGUGAAGAGCACUAGCAACGAUGACAUUGCCCGCAAAUGCCACAGCCAGUUGCAGCUAACUCCUUUGAGGGAUGCUCAUCGCGAAAAGAGUGCCAGUGGGACCAUGUAUCGGCCUGAUGCCCUCUAUCAGGGUUCCCUUCACAAUCUGCCUGACUAUGUGAGCUCCAGAAACGACCUCAACCGCUCCAUGUCCGGAUCCGGCGUUAUCAAGCGGUACGGAUCCCUUCGCCAGAACAACAGUGUAUCACAGAGUCAGGAGGAAACCAAAUGCUGUGGCUGCAUCACGUGUUCCAAGGAGACCCGCGACACGUUCGCCGAGAUGAUGAAUUUCUCGCUGCUGAAGGACAUGAUAUUCCUGAUCUUUUCCGUGUCCAAUUUUUGUACGAGCAUAGGCUUCAAUAUUCCGUAUCUCUAUGUGGCGGCAUAUGCGGAGACCUUGGAAAUUUCCAAGAAAGAGGCCAGCCAUUUGUUAGCCACGAUUGGCGUGGCCAACACAGUGGGCCGUAUAAUCCUGGGUUACAUAUCGGACAAGCCGUGGGUUAACCGCCUGCUGGUCUACAAUGUCUGCCUCACCGCCUGCGGAAUUGCCACUUCCAUGGUGUCGCUCUGCCAUGACUACCAAUCCCUGUCCUUCUACUGCAUUGUUUUUGGCUUCACAAUCGGUGCCUAUGUAGGUCUGACAUCGGUCAUCCUGGUGGACCUGCUGGGGCUCGACAAGCUGACCAAUGCCUUCGGGCUGCUGCUGCUCUUCCAGGGUAUUGCCAGCUUUAUUGGUCCACCCAUCGGAGGCUGGAUGUACGAUUUGACGGACUCGUAUGCGCCUGCCUUCCUGAUGGCCGGACUUAUGAUCGCCAUUAGUGGAUUAGUGAUGUUCAUUAUUCCGCCGCUCCAACGACACCAGGCCGCCAAAUUGGAGCAAAAGCACCAUGUUGAACACCUAGCCCUAAGUUAGUAAUCCACCCACUUCAUCCUCCGCCCCUUGUUUUUUGUUCAUUUCUAUUUUUUUUUGUUUUUUUUCUAUUGUAACUAUAAAUCUAGAGAUAUACUGAUGCACACGACACUUGGUUAGAUUAAGUCCUAGACCUAGGCCAGACAUUUAUGUGCGAGUGUAUGCCACAGCUAGAGCAUAUCUGAUUAUUUAUGUAUAGAAACCUUUCCCUGGCCCCUCAUUCCUCGCCCCACGCCCUACAUCCCAUUCCCAUAAAAACCUUCAUUGCAAAUGCAUGCAAAUGUAUACCUAUAUAUUAUGUACAUCAAUAACAAAGUGUACUAGAAAAUCUAUUGUUAUUCUAUUAUGACUGUAUGCCUGUGCGUGUGUGUGUCUGUGUAUAUGCCAUUAAAGAAAGCUUUUGUACAACAACAAA